AUGGGCGGAUCACCACCUUGCGGUUACUCGGUUCGAGCUGUCAUAGAUUACAAACGUCAAGCAACCACCUCUCAGAAGUGGCCUUCUCCAGUCGAAAAUGAUCACCAGAUCACUUUUUCGGCACUAGACACCAAGGGCGUCCACAUGCCAUAUAACGAUCCUCUCCUCGUCGACCUGAACAUAGGCGAAUGUCUGGUCGCAAAAAUCCUUAUCGAUACCGGCAGCUCAGUCGAUCUCAUCUUUCACAACACACUCGACAAGAUGGGAGUCGAUUUAUGGGAUAUGAAGCCUUCCUCUCGCACGCUCACCGGCUUCAACGGAGAAUCGGAGCAAAUGAUCGGGACAAUUCGCCUUCCAGUUUACGCAGGUGGUAUAACCCGCACCGUCAAGUUCUCCGUCAUCCGCGCCAAAGCACCCUAUAAUGCCAUACUCGGAACACCAUGGCUGCAUUCCAUGAAAGCCGUCCCUUCGACUUAUCAUCAAUGCGUCAAAUUUCCCGGAAAAGACGGCAAAACUCAGACGAUUCGGGGAGAUCAGCAAGCCGCGAGAGAACUACUGAUCGCAACUGUAAAAAUGCAGCAACAAGCUUCCCUUGUCAACUCCGUCAAUAAACCGCUCAACAAGAUAUACCCCCAGAAGGAGGAAGUUCGCGAAGUCGCAAUUGAUGAAUCUGACCCGACGAAAAUCAUCCGAGUUGGCGUCUACCUGCCCGACGACGUAUGUUCAAGGAUCAUCUCUUUCGUCAAAGACAACGCCUCGACGUUCGUCUGGAAGACUUCCGACAUGAAGGGGAUCGACCCCGCAGUCACCUCCCAUGAACUGCACGUCGACCCGACGUUCAAACCCAUCCGACAGAAGCGACGAAAACUCGGUCCAGAACGAUCUAAAGCCGUAAACGAAGAAGUCGACAGGCUCCUCGACGCGGGUUUCAUUACCGAAGUCCGCUACCCCGAAUGGGCGUGCCCAAAGGACAGUUACCCACCCCCUCAUAUUGAUCGUCUCGUCGAAUCAACUGCUGGUAACGAACUCCUAACCUUCAUGGACUCUUUCUCAGGAUACAACCAGAUCUUGAUGCAUCCCGACGAUCGCAAGAAGACGGCAUUCAUCACCGACAGAGGGACCUACUGCUACAAGGUGAUGUCCUUCGGGCUAAAGAAUGCCGGUGCGACUUAUCAGCGACUCGUCAACCGAAUGUUCGCUGAUCAGCUUGGCAACACCAUGGAAGUGUACAUCGACGACAUGUUAGUCAAAUCGCUCAACCCGGCCAAGUGUACCUUCGGUGUCACUUCGGGAGAAUUCCUCGGUUAA